GCUCACCCCAGCGUUCUUCUUCCAGAUACAAUUUCUCGGCUCCUCUCCGCCAUUCAUCUUUUUCCUUUCCUAUAGCGCCGCGGGCCUAUAUCUGUAUCACUUCACAGAAUCUAGGCACCAUGGUCGCCUCUGCUAUCAGAAUGCGCACUCCAAGCGCUUCAUUCCUCUCAAAAGGCGCCUGCUCCUUGAGGCGACCGCAGGCCUCCUACAAAUUCACGGCCUCAAUUCAACACCAAUUGCCCGCCAUCUCUGCUCUUUCCCGCUUCUAUGCUUCCAAGUCUUUCCCUCCCCACACUAUCAUCAGCAUGCCUGCCUUGUCGCCAACAAUGACUGCUGGAAAUAUCGGAGCCUGGCAGAAGAAGGCUGGCGAUGGCCUCCAACCGGGUGAUGUUCUGGUCGAGAUCGAAACCGAUAAGGCGCAGAUGGACUUUGAGUUCCAGGAAGAAGGUGUUUUGGCCAAGGUGCUGAAAGAGUCUGGCGAAAAGGAUAUUUCCGUUGGCUCUCCUAUCGCUGUCUUAGUCGAAGAAGGUACCGAUGUUGCGGCAUUCGAAUCAUUCGGUUUGGAGGAUGCCGGUGAGGGUGCUGCCCCCGCUAAGCAAAGCGAAGAAGCGCCCAAGGAAGCUCCCAAGGCUUCGGAACCGUCCACACCUCAACCAGAGGCUGGUGGUUAUGAGCCCGAAACUUCCGGUGAGAAGCUUCAGCCUAGUCUGGACCGAGAACCUGCGAUUAGCCCCGCCGCUAAGGCAUUGGCUCUUGAGAAGGGCGUUCCCGUCAAGGCCCUGAAGGGCACUGGACGAGGUGGCCAGAUCACCAAGGAGGAUGUGGAGAAGUACAAGCCUAGCGCCUCAGCUGCCGGCCCUGUCUCCGAAGACAUUCCUCUUACAUCGAUGCGCAAGGUUAUCGCUAGCCGUCUCCAGCAGUCUUGGGGCCAAAACCCUCACUUCUUCGUCUCCACCACCUUGUCCGUCACCAAGCUUCUCAAGCUUCGCCAGGCCCUUAACGCCUCUGCUGAUGGCAAAUACAAGCUCUCCGUCAAUGACUUCCUCGUUAAGGCUUGCGCCACCGCCCUCCUUAAGGUUCCUCAGGUCAACUCCAGCUGGGUUGAGGAGAAUGGCCAGGUUGUCAUUCGUCAGCACAACUCUGCUGAUAUCAGUGUUGCAGUCGCUACCCCUGCUGGAUUGAUCACUCCUAUUGUGAGGAACGCCCAGGGUCUUGGGCUGUCUAGCAUCUCCAACCAGGUCAAGGAUCUCGGCAAGCGCGCUCGGGACAACAAGCUUAAGCCCGAAGAGUUCCAGGGUGGCACUUUCACCAUCAGCAACAUGGGUAUGAACCCCGCUGUUGAGCGAUUCACUGCCGUCAUCAACCCUCCUCAGGCCGGUAUUCUUGCUGUUGGCACUACGCGCAAGGUUGCUGUUCCUGUCGAGACUGAAGAGGGUACUUCGGUUGAGUGGGAUGACCAGAUUAUUGUGACUGGUAGCUUCGACCACAGAGUUGUCGAUGGUGCCGUUGGUGCUGAAUGGAUCAAGGAGCUCAAGAAGGUUGUCGAGAACCCUCUAGAAUUCCUUCUAUGAGUUUCAAAUCCGGACUUUUGGUAAUCGUGUGUGCUAGCGCAUUGGCUCAGACCCUCAACCGGGCCUUGUCUCAUUAUGUAUUAAAAUCCUCAUAUUUUUUGACCAUCUUGGUCGUUAGGUACAGCUUAUAAAUUCUAGCAUCUUUUCUGUGUCCUGACGGCACCUUGUAGUGUCUUGAUCUUCGACAUAGUAAACUACUCGUCUUAUCUAUCAUCUUGGUUCCUUGAAGCUCCUAAUCCUAAUAUAUUUUAUCUGCCUAUAGGGAGUGAUGGGUUUACAUUUCAUUCCAUCACUCACAUUCCACGCUAUUGUGAGGCGCACAACCAUUUCGCCGUCUCCAGAUCACUCUUUGAG